UCUCUUGCCCUCUAGAUUACACAAGGAACCAGGAUUCUGAACUAAAUGUUGGGGAAUUAUUCUAGUGCCACAGAAUUUUAUCUCCUUGGCUUUCCUGGCUCUGAAGAUCUACACCAUAUCCUUUUUGCUAUCUUCUGCUUCUUCUACUUGGUGACACUAAUGGGAAACAUGGUCAUCAUUACGAUCGUCUGUGUUGACAGACGUCUCCAGUCCCCCWUGUAUUUCUUCCUAGUCCACCUCUCUGUCCUGGAGAUCCUAGUCACAACCAUAGUCGUCCCUGUGAUGCUUUGGGGAUUGCUGCUCCCUGGGAUGCAGACAAUAUCUCUGACUGGAUGUGUUGUCCAACUCUUCCUGUACCUUGCCGUGGGGACCACAGAGUUCACAUUGCUUGGAGCAAUGGCUGUGGACCGUUACGUGGCUGUGUGUAACCCUUUGAGGUACAACAUCAUCAUGACCAGACACACCUGCAACUCUGUGGUAAUUGUGUCAUGGGUGUUUGGAUUCCUUUUUCAAAUUUGGCCAGUUUAUGCCACAUUUCAGCUUACCUACUGCAAAUCAAACGUGGUAAACAAUUUUUUCUGUGAUCGAGGGCAGUUGUUCAAACUAUCGUGCAAUGACACUAUUUUCACAGAGUUUAUCCUCUUCUUAAUGGCCAUUUUUGUUCUUUUUGGUUCUUUGAUUCCUACAAUUGUCUCCUACACCUACAUCAUCUCCACCAUCCUCAAGAUCCCCUCGGCCUCAGGCCGGAGGAAAGCCUUCUCCACCUGUGCCUCCCACUUCACCUGUGUUGUGAUUGGCUAUGGCAGCUGCUUGUUCCUCUAUGUGAAACCCAAGCAAACGCAGGCRGCUGAGUACAACAGGGUAGUAUCCCUGAUGGUUUCAGUAGUGACCCCUUUCCUGAACCCUUUCAUCUUCACGCUCCGCAAUGACAAAGUCAUACAGGCCCUUCGGGAUGGAAUGAAACAUUGUUGUCAGCUAUUCAGGCACUAGCCUUACCCUGAGGCAUUUCACAUGGCAAAACACUUAUAUGGAUUCUAGAAUAAUCUAAGAAGGGGUUAUGUAUCUUUGAACA